AGUACGUGACACGUCAAACAGAUUUAAAAAUCUUUUUUAUAUAAUUUUUCCAAUUUUUCAAUCAUUUCGAGCGGUUUUGAGUGUUAUUCUUCAGAUUUUUAAUUCAAAAGUCAUGCGUGGAAGUCGUAAUUUAUUGACUCAGCGACUGGCUUCUUCUCGAGCAACUGGUUCUUCGGGAGGUCUCAAGUUUGUCGGAGCCACUGUUGGAGCGGUAACUGCUGGUGCAGCAGGAGUUGCUGGAUACGCUUCUUAUGAUAAUGAGUUCAGAAAGAAGCUAGAAGGCGUGAUUCCCGGUUCUCGAACUAUUUUGAAUUACACGAUCGGAGAAGAAGAACCGCCGGCGCCUCGUCUUAAAGAUCUUCGACCUCUGCAAUAUUCCGCAGAUCCGAAAGUUCCACCAAAGCCAUUUGAGCCGAAGCCCGUGAAAAAAGAGCUGAUCGGAGUUAAGGAGAACCUGAAAGAGACUACUGAACCAAAGAAAAUCGAGAAAAAGCCCGAAAAUCCAUACAUCGGCGCGAAGACUCCACUGAAUCCCCAGGAAAGGAACGAAAAGCUCACGGAAUCCCUGAAAAACCACCUAACUCAAGCCGAAAAAGCCACGAAAGUUGCGACUAGCGCCAAAUUGGAAACGAUUCGAGCUAUUGAGCAUCACGUUCAGACAAUUCGUGAGGCUAUUGAAGCUGGAAAAGACGGAGAUUGGGAUUCAGUGACUGUUGCUCAUCUGAAGGCAAAACGGCUCGCUGAAAAGGAUGAAAAAGCCGAGAAAUUGGCUAGAAAUGCCGUCGCUGACCUUGUCACGGAGGCAAACCUCGGCGGUCAAGGUGAGACUACUCAGCUGAAUCCACUGGUUCCAAUCUCAAAAGCAACUGCUGAAAAGCUCUCAAACGAGCUGGAUGAGAUGAUUUCAAACGUGAAACAUGUCGAUUCGGAGCGUAUUUUCGUGCAUGACUACAGUGAUCGUGUAGCGGAGAGCCGCAGGAAAUUCCAAAUGGAACUGAAAGCAGUUCAUCCGAAUUUGAAUUAUGAAGAUGGAAUGAAGAUCAAAAAAGCGGAUUUGCACACGAUUUUGGCUCAUGCUCACUUGAGAAUUGAUCAGCUCAGCCAGAAAUUGAUUGAUAGCAAGCUAAACGAGGAAAAACGCAUCCAAUCGAUCAUUGCAAAGAAGAAGGAAGAUCUUCUCGAAAAGCUUCGUCUCGAGACCAAUGCCAAACAGGCCGCAGUGAUCCCAGAGUUCGAUAAGAAGAAGCUCGACGCGGAGCUCGCUCGUGCCACUGCUGAAAUUCAGAAAAAAUACGACGAAAAGCUGAAAGAAGUCGUUCGAACUCAGAAGCAGCUGUACGAUAUUGAGCACGCGAAGGAUGUAGAUGAAGCUGUUCUGAAGGAGAGAAAUCUCCACUCGUCGGCGGUCGGAAAAGCGUUGGCUCAGCUGGCUGGAAUUGAAAAAGCGCUUUCUGGACAUCUUCAAAUGGAUAUUGAGAAUAGAAAAUCGAAACAAAUGUGGCUAGCCACCCAAAAUCUGAAGGGAACUGUAAUUUUCGGAAAUCGAGCCAGCUGCUGCAUGGAGGGAAGACGUGCUCCACUGGGAGAUCAAAUGAAGACACUUCUCUCGUGCUGUGGUGGUGGAAACUCUGAUGAAUUCGUGAAAACCAUCAAUACGGCAAUGUCGAAAACCUCAAAAGUCCGCGGGGAGUACACGGAGCAGGAUCUGAACACACGCUUCAACAAAGUCUGCCGAAUCGGACGUCGUGUUGCCUAUGUCAAUGAAGGUGGAGCUCUGGCUCAUCUCUACUCGUGGCUCAAGUCUUCCCUGACUAUUGAGCUCGUCCCGAAGAAGGGUGCUAAUGAGAGCCUGACCCCAGCUGUCGAGAACAACUUCACCUUGCUCACACGUGCCGAGCAACUCUGGAAGUCUGGCAAAAAGUCCGACGCGAUUCGUGUUCUUCAGCUGACCGACGGGGCCACCCGUAGAGUUGCUGCCGAUUUCAUCGCUGAUGCUCGCCGCCAACACGAGGCACUUCUUCUUUCACGUCUUCUGCUCGCCCACGCGGCUCUCACCUCCAUUCGUUCCACUUAUUAAUAAUUAUUGAAUAUGCCAAGUAGUACGUCGUCUGUUGUCUGUCUGAGAAUUAUGUGUUCUCUCAAAAUAAUAAAAUUAUUAUUAUUUU